GACGUUUCAAACUCUACAUUGACCUCCAGUAAUGAGGGCCGAUCCUAAGCAAACGCAAGUGUUCGUUUGCUCACGCCUUUUCUUUUAAAAUCAAAGUUAUUUUGUUCGUCAAGAUACUGUUAAGUAGUGGGCCAAGAUUCAAGAACGAUGGAUAUUACAGCAUCACUGCAAUGAUUUUUGAUUCAAAAAGCAUCAAAAUUAAAGGUCUACUCGAUCUAACUUCUUCUUACCUUCCUUCUGUGGAGUUUGUUUCUGUCAAGGGGAUGGAUUGACGUAAUCCCCCGAUGGACUUCGUGAAAUCCUUUCGUGAUGGAAGUCGCGAUACACAAUCCACUCGCGAAUUUAUCGUGACUAGGCAAGUUGAAAGCAUUGUGGUUGCUUCACCCAGAUUUGCUGUUUCCUAAUUUGGACCUAUUUGGGGUAAUUAUUUGCGGAAAACAAUUCCCUCUAGUCAAAAUCCCUCCGAGAUCUACUACAAACAAAAACCAUUUCCAUUCAUGAUUGUCUUCAUUCUCAUCGUUCAAUCCUCGAAUCAUGGCUUCCAGUCUCACUGUAUCCCUCGUGGCAGCUUUCCAAGCAAGUAUGGCAGUACUUCUGGUGAUAUUCUACGGUGCUCUAGCAGUAUACAUGAAACUUCUCGAUAGCCGGUCCGCAAAGAUGAUGUCGAAAAUCUCGGUCAAAUUCUUUCUACCUGCAUUAGAAUUUAUUAAGAUUGGUAGAGAAUUACAUGCUGGUGGAGGACAUCGUUACAAUGUCAUUCUAAUUUGGGCGUGCAUAACACAUACGAUUUCAUUUCUACUCGGUGCAGGAGCUCAUUUUAUCUUCGGAAUGCCAGAUUGGAUUACUGCAACUAUUAUGUUCAAUAAUACGACGAGUUAUCCUUUGAUGUUAAUUCAAGCUUUAGAUCAAACGGGUCUUUUGAAUCCUUUAAUUCUAGAGGAUGGUGGAACGGGAUAUAAUCCAGUUGAACAGGCAAAGUCAUAUUUUCUUGUUUAUUCCGUUCUCUCAAGUUGUCUUACAUUUGCCAUUGGUCCUCGUAUGAUGGAUACAGAAUUCGCAAUUGAUCCGCCUGAAGAAGAAGAUCUUUUAUCUGCACUCGAACAAGUACAACAGGAUAGGGAAGGUGAAAGUGAAGAAGAGAGUGAAGGAUUACAUUUUCCUACCGAACAUACCAAUCUUCUGUCUCCCCGUCGUAGGCCCGCAAUUUCAAGCAGAUCUAACUCUUUCUUCCCGUCCAGACGGGCUUCUUUAACAUCGUCUCCUACUCGAGACACAAAUCGAGCUAUCGUAUACGAAAGGCGUCCCUCUUCAAUUGUUAGCAGACGUCGAUGGUUCGAACUUAGUGAUCGAGUCAGAUGGUGGUUACUCUUCUUUUACGACUUUCUAAACGCACCUCUGCUUGGUGCCAUAGCUGGUGCAAUCGUCGGACUAUCACCUCUUCUCCACCGUUCAUUCUUCAACGAAACAGUCAACGGAGGAAUCUUCACAGCAUGGCUCACUGCAUCAUUAGAAAACAUCGGUAUUCUCUUCGUAUCUUUACCAGUUGUUGGAGCAGGAGUUUCCCUCUACUCAGCCGUUACCAAAACCACCGAGAAAGGCAAAGGCAAACAACCUAUUGAUACACCCUGGUCGACAACCUUAUAUGUUCUUUUUAUAAGAUUUGCAGUUUGGCCGGUUAUUUCUACGGGAAUCAUUUACUAUUUGGCGAAAAAUACGGAUUGGGUUGGUGAAGAUCCAAUGCUUUGGUUCUCGAUGAUGUUUAUGCCUUUGGGUCCUUCGGCUGUGAAACUUAUUACUAUGGUGGAGGUUAGUGAUGCUAGUGAGGAGGAUCAACAUAAAGUUGCUAAAUUACUUGCUGUAAGUUUUUUUGUUUGUUUUCGAUAGUGAGAAUGAGAUGUGCUAACUAACUUCGACAUAGAUUUCUUAUGCUGUGUCUCCGGUUAUGUGUCUUGCUGUUGUGGGAAGUUUAAAUGCAUGUCAAGCAGCAAGAAGUUAAGGUUUAUAUCGUGAACAUGUCUCAUGAAUAGAAGCUGCAGAAAGGACAGGAAAUUUUGGGGAUUUUGGAAGAAAUUAAGAGUAUGGUUUAAUGUAGAUAUGGAGUUUAUAUUAU